GAUUCAUUUUCAGCAUCAAACUGCCAAACCCUGCUGUUGUAACAUUCUAGAUAUGACUAGCUCCAACGAAUCCGCUGUGGACAUUGCGCACGUCUACAGGGGGACGUUUGUGCACUCCACCGAUCACACAGCCGUGGAAAUUCAGGAGGAUAGGCUUCUGGGAGUGGACACAGAGGGGAAGAUUGCCUUCAUUGGGAGUGGGCAGGAAGUCGACAGUCUUUCACAGAAGUGGGGGUUUGAGGCCUUGGCUGUUACACAGCUUGGACAGUAUGAGUUCUUCAUGCCAGGGAUGGUGGACACCCACAUCCACGCGUCUCAGUACAGCUAUGCAGGCACAGCCCUGGACCUGCCCCUGCUACAGUGGCUCAACACGUACACCUUCCCAGUGGAGGCCUGCUACAAAGACUUGGAGUUCGCCCGCAACGUCUACACCCAUGUCGUGAAAAGAACCCUGAGAAAUGGUACGACUACGGCCUGUUACUUUGCCACCAUACACACCGACGCUUCUCUCCUGCUGGGCCAAAUCGCAGAUGAUUUUGGACAGCGUGCCCUUGUGGGCAAGGUGUGUAUGGAUACAAACAACUUUGUCCCACAUUACAGAGAGACGCCAGAGGAGUCCCAUGAUGAAACCAACAGGUUCAUUAGUGAGAUGUUGAAGAAGAAGUACCCCCUUGUGAGGCCGGUGGUGACCCCGCGCUUUGCCCUGUCUUGCUCUGCUGCCCUGCUGGGUCACCUGGGAGAGAUCGCCCAGAAUAACAACCUGCACAUCCAGAGUCACAUCAGUGAGACGAAGGAGGAGGUGAAGCUGGUGAAGGAACUGUUCCCAGACUACGACUCCUACACAGACGUCUACCACAAACACAACCUUCUCACUGACAAGACUGUGAUGGCUCACGGUUGUCACCUAACCGAUGAAGAGCUGAAGCUGUUCAGAGAGAAAGGGGCGUCCGUCGCUCACUGUCCCAAUUCCAACAUCUCGUUGUGCAGUGGUAUGCUAGAUGCCCGCAGGGUUCUGAACCACAAAGUAAAGCUGGGGCUGGGCACAGAUGUGGCAGGAGGCUACUCUCCCUCUAUGCUGGAUGCUGUGCGGAGAACGUUGGAUACCUCUAAAGCCUUGACCAUCCAGGACCCCCAGUACCAAACGCUCACCUUCGAGGAGGUCUUCAGACUGGCCACACUGGGAGGCAGCCAAGCCCUGUCCCUGGAUGAGCAUACAGGAAACUUUCAGGUGGGGAAAGACUUUGAUGCUCUGCGGGUAAACACGGCCAUAGAAGGAGGACCCAUUGAUCUCAUCAACCACGGAGAGGGGCCUAAGGUGCUCCUGGAGAAGUUCUUGAAUUUGGGGGAUGAUCGGAACAUUGCGGAGGUGUACGUGGCAGGGAAGAGAGUGGUCCCAUUCGUAGAAACACCAUAGAUUUGGGUUUGGUUGCUGGAUUGUUGUCAUCUUGUUAUCAUCUGUCUGAACCCUCUACCAGUUUACCUGACUGCUGUUGUGACAGGAGGUGAUGAGGAAAAUGUAUUCAACGAGAGGGAUUAUUACUGAAUAUACAGUGUGUGUGUUUUCAAUCAUCUAGUGUAAUUACUUAGUUAAAUUCAAUGGGUGAUAUUGCUGCUCAUCGUGAAGUUCAGAGUGAAUCCUAUGUUGUCAUACUUAUGUCUUAACCCAAAGAACAUCAUUGUCUAUGUUGUUUUUGUUAUUUCAAAGUCGAAGGAAAUGUGUGUGUUUUAUGAAUGUGGGUUUAUUCAAUUAAAGUAACUUUUAUUUCCUGA